UUGUGCUCCUGUCCCUCUGCUAAGUGUAUUUAUGCAGGCCACCCGGGUGUCCCCAACUCUCUGCCUGCCUGCCAAAAGCACUUCUCGCCCUAAACCUAAGAGCUCAAAGUUUUCCUAAACACUUUGGAUUUUUGUAGUUAUAAAAUCUAGAAAAUAAACUAGAAUUCAGAAGCUAGGUUUUUCGGCUUCUGUGAAUUCUCGUAGGCUACUAACAAGCUGCUUCUUAGCCUACACUCAGAUUCUUGUGCCAAAAGCUGCUACCUACCUAGCUAAGCCUAAGCUAAGCUCCCUCCUGCUUCUUCAUAUAUUGUGGUUUGGUUUGCAUCUUGCCGCGUAAACUACCACACUAGUGUGCAUCCAUGCACGCAUGAGCGUCAUGGAAACAAGGCCCCUCUCCCCGCGAGCCUCGCCGCUCCCCUCCUCCGCCAAGAGCCCCGCCGGCGGCGGCGGCGGAGGCGGCGGCGGUGGCUUCCAGUGGCUGUUCGGGAAGCGCGGCAGGAGGAACAGGGCGCGGCAGCCGCUGGCGGCGCAGCUGGGACCCGGCGACGACGACGGCGAGGAGGUGGAGGACGAGGAGGACUUCUUCUUCGUGUCCACGCCCUACCUGUCCACGCCGUCGUGGUCCGCCGCCGCCGCCGCCGCCGGGGCGUCGCCGAGGAAGAGAGGGGAUCAUCAGGCGGCGCUGGCGCGGCUGCGGGCGGCUGUGCUGUCCGUGCUGGCGCGCGCGCGGCGAGGCGGCCGACGCGCGGGGGGCGGGUCGUCGGCGUCGGCGCGGGUGCUCACCGGCACCGUCUUCGGCCGGCUCCGCGGCCGCGUGCACCUCGCGCUGCAGACCGACCCGCGCGCCGCGCCGGCGAUGAUGCUCGAGCUCGCCGGCUACUCCACCGGCGCGCUCGUCAGGGAGAUGGCCUCCGGCCUCGUCCGCCUCGCCCUCGAGUGCGAGAAGGCGGCGCCGCCGACCAACCCAGGCGAGAAGCGGCGGCGGGCGGCGCUGAUGGAGGAGACGACGUGGCGGGCGUACUGCAACGGGCGCAAGUGCGGGUACGCGGUGCGCCGCGAGUGCGGCGCCGAGGAGUGGCGCGUGCUGCGCGCCGUCGAGCCGGUCACCGUCGGCGCCGGCGUGCUCCCCGACGGUGGCGGCGUUGCCGGCGGCGAGGGGGACAUGAUGUACAUGAGAGCGAGGUUCGAGAGGGUGGUGGGGUCGAGGGACUCGGAGGCGUUCUACAUGGUCAGCCCCGACGGCAACGCCGGCCCGGAGCUCAGCAUCUACCUCCUCAGAGUUUGAUCGAUCGAGCUUCACAUCCAUUAUUCAUGGCGCCUAGGGCUAGGGCAACGAGGAUCGAUGACGAAAGUGUCAACUAUGUGUGAUGUCAGCACGUUGGUACGUGGUUAGUAGAGCCAUAGCUAUGUAGGAAUCUGUGUUGCUGUGCUUACGCAUGGUGUCCUAUAUAUAUAUGGGUUGUUCAUGUUAAUUUGGUCGUUUGGUUAUGUGAAAUAUAUAGCCGGGCGGUGGCUUGACGAUGAUGAUGUUGCUGCUGCUACUGCAACCUCUGUUUCAAAUUAA